AUCGCAUAUGGCGGGAAUAUAUAAAUAGAAACAACUUGUAAAUUUGGACCGAUAGUUUCAAAUCAAACAUCAUCUAGUGCACACCCUGGGUUUUAAGUUCAAAUUAAAUUGUCUAUUAAAUAUUACAUCAUGUUAUUGUUUAUAAUAUCGUCGGUGUUAGUGGUGUGUACCAAUGCAUUACAUCAACAGGGAGGAUACAAUAAUUUCAAUCAAAAUCAAUUUAAUCGGGUUCAACCAUUCCAAGGUGCUCGUCAACAAAAUUUCCAACAGAAUUUCAAUCAACAACCCCAAUUUCAGGCAUACUCACAGCAGCCUCGAAACUUCGUGCCAAUCACCUCGUACCAAAACGACGUGAACCACGAUGGCAGUUAUCAAUUCAGUUAUACGUCUGGAGAUGGUAGCCAACAGCAAGCUCGAGGCUUUGUGAAGAAUCUCGGCCAGAAAGAUUUAGAAGCACAGGUCGUCCAGGGGUCAUAUUCGUAUACGUCUCCUGAUGGUACACCGAUCACAGUCACGUACAUUGCUGAUGAAAAUGGAUUUCGAGCUGAUGGGGCACAUUUGCCUACACCACCACCCAUACCAGAUGCUAUUGCUCGAUCGCUUGCUUACAUUAAGAGCGUACAACCACAACAAAUUGGGUACAAUCAAUUUACCCAAAAUCAACAACAGGGUGCAUACAACAAAUUUGGGCGAUACAAUAAGUAGAUUUGCUAUACAUUGAUAUAGUUCGUCGAAUAACAAUGUGAUCCUUAACCAGAUACUUAUUUUGAUAAUUGCUUUUUUUAAAAGACAUUUUUGUACCUUAUGCUUAUAAUAUCGAAUAAAACAAGAAAUCACUCGAUUUA